ACAAGAAGAGGAGGAGGAGAAAAUAAUCAUAUACAGUGUUCAUAAGGAGGGAACUCCGAGAGAGAGAGAGAGAGAGAGAGAGAGAGAGAGAAAGUUUCCAGCUGAUCACUGGAACGCAGCAGCAGCAGCACUCGGAUCGGCUGCAUGAGGAUCCCUCGGUGUGGUCAUGUCUGGAUUCUUUCUACCUGUGCUGUUGCUCCUCCCCCUGGUGGCCUCUGUCCCCUCCCCCUCCAGGUCACCACCCAAAUAUUGCCGCAGGUGCUGCGAUCACCUGGAUCCACCCCUCAGCAACUCGCCCCGCCCCGUGGCCUAUCAGACGCCAGAGGUUCGCACGUUCAUUAACAUGACCAUUCUUAAAGGAGAUAAAGGCGAUCGAGGUGAGAGAGGAACUCCGGGGAAACCAGGAGCAGAAGGACCUUCAGGUCCCAGAGGAGCCAUAGGUCCUAAAGGCAGUAAAGGGCAGGCUGGAGCUCCAGGAGACCCCUGCAAGACCCAGCAUUCGUCCUUCUCAGUGGGCCGCAGGAAGGCUCUCCACAGUGACGACUAUUACCAGGCACUGCUCUUUGACACCGUCUUUGUCAACAUUGACGAACACUUCAACAUGUUUAAAGGCAAGUUCUACUGCUAUGUGCCAGGUAUCUACUUCUUCAACAUCAACAUCCACACAUGGAACUUCAAGGAGACCUAUCUGCACCUGAUGCAGAACGAACGCGAGCAGGUGAUCCUGUACGCGCAGCCCAGUGACCGCUCCAUCAUGCAGAGCCAGAGCGUCAUGCUUUCUCUUGAGCUUAACGAUGAAGUCUGGGUGCGCCUCUUCAAGCGGGAGCGGGAGAACGCCAUUUAUAGCGAUGACGUUGACGUCUACAUCACCUUCAAUGGCUACCUUGUAGCUCCUGCUGCAUAGAAAUGACGUCACAGGGAUGGUUUCCAAAUACUGAGAGUGGGAUAUAUGGAUUAAGGCUUCUCUCAGGAAAAACGUGUGCCAAUGCAGUUCUCUGAAGAGAAAGGAAGCAGUGCUAAUUUAAUAAUUAACAAUGCAUUAGGUACAGUUAGCUGACAGAUGAUUAACAUAUUGGUGCUAAAAUAGCUGACUCACUAACAAUUUGAUUCGGUACCUUCGGUUUUAACCCUUUUGUUUUUUGCUGUGUUAUAUAUGAUUAAUUUGGCUGCAGAGCAGCCUCAUUAACUUAUCAAUGGGCAAAACAAUGCAGAAUAUCAUAGAUCUGUUAAGAAGCUUCUUCUAAGCAUAGCAUUGUACAUUGUGAAAGGAAAACAAGUCACCUGUACUGUAUUGUAUCUGUCCUUCCAAAAAAAAAUCCACGCUUCCUGAAAGGGGGUUGACUGGAAAAUUCUCAGACUUAUGUAAGCAGUUGGCCUGGAUCAUCGUUUUUACUUUUUACCAUGUCUCUGGAACCAGCCUGGUCUGAGUAAUGGUUUUUGUUUGUUGAGGUCCUUGCUUAUAACAGCUGGACAGAACAGCUUUUUCAGUGCCAUUAACACCAAUACAGAGUGACAGGAGUAAAGGUGCAGCAGCAGCAAUACCUAUGCAAGAACCUAAAACUUAAUCCAUCCUGCUAACUUUAAAAUAAGUCAGUUUUUUGUCAUUGUAUCCAACAUUCUUUUAUUUUUUAGCAUAAAUAAGGCAUUCGCUAGUUGGCUAUCUAGAUGGUACAGGAUGAAUACAUUAUGGUUAGAUGAACUGUAUCAACAUAUCCCUUUCAAACCGACUACAGUGUUAGUGUAAUGAUGUACCUUUGGAUUAAUAUAUCCAUUGGUACAAAUGACCAGCUUCUCUGCAAUAUCAGUCAGCUGGAUUUUUAUCAGUUAUGUUUUUUGCCUUUUGGUACAUUUUAGCAGGUUUUUAGCGUAGGUCAUGGUUACAGUCUUGUUGCACCAGCGCCAGUAAAUUUGGCGAGUCUGACAUUUAAUUGGUUUUUAAAUGAAAAAGUAAUUAAAUCAAUCUCUUUAAUUACAUGUCAGGUGAAAUGAGGUGACCUAAAUUGUGUAAAUAGCCUUGUGUAAAUUACCCUUAAUGCAUCUGCGAUGUUCCAAUUUUUGAACCAAAUUGGUUAAAUAUCCUGGUAUGGCCAGAUCAUCUGAUUUUUCAUCCUCUUGCUAGAUUCAUAUCAGCUUAGGCAUUUUAAUGAUGACCAUGAAAAUAGCAAUUGGGCAAGAAGAGGAAAACCUGGCUAAUGCCCAACUAAAUUAGCAUUAGAGAUACAAAAUACCUCUAAACUAUGUUUGCCCCAUACAAAAAAUUAUGUCUGAAAGCUUUUAUACACGCCCCGUGUGUUAAGAUAAUGCACCCUGAGGGAUUAAUUUGAACAUGAUUUAGCACUUAAGUAUGACAAAAAGGAGGCUUUAUCGUAAAACGGCCAUAAAGCAUAUCCGACUGGCAAUCAAUUUUAAACAGUUUGGCUCAGCAAAUGUGCUUUCCUGACUUGUGUAUAAAUGCACCCCAUUACUCAUGAUUGCACUGCAGAUUGCUAGGAUGGUACGACAAAGAAGAACUGAGGGACAGUGAAGAAAUAAACCGAAUGGUGUAAAAGUGUCUAAACUGAGCUGUCUUAAUACUGUGCCACUGAUAUUGAUUCGAUCUGAAAGAAAAAGAGGCCACCCAUCUGCCUCUGGAAGGAAACCCAGCUGCGUUAGAGCUGCUAUGUUUAUAGACACCAGAAACAGGAAACCAGACCAACUAUCUGUAAUCACAACCAGCAAACAAAGUCAGUGAGAGCAAGAGAGUAAUGAAGGACAGGGGGUGGUUCUUGCUCGAAAUACAAAAACCACAGAUCACGUUAGGGUUUUUUUGCACUUUUAUUUUUGUUAUUAACCAAUAUUAGUCAGUAAUACAGCCAAGGACAGCUGGUAGAGGCCAAUGGAGUGUGUAGGUUGGACAUAUAUUUGCUGUUAAAGACAUUUUUACCAUCCAAAAUGGCCAGUUCUGGGCAGAGAAAACCAUUCUUGGCUGAGGCAAAGUCAAUACAACACUGAUUUUAUUACUCUAUAAACAAUUAAAUGAAGGGCUAUGAGCAGGUCACGGUGAGACAGCGUCUACAGAAAACCCCAACCGUUUGCAUCCUUUGAAAUCUGCCCCACUGUAUAAAUGUGGUUUUAAUGGCAUUGAGGAGGUUUAUAUUUUAUGUUUGCUGAGUUUGGAUCAGUGUUCCACAUGUAUAUGUGAGAGUCUGGGUUUUGUUUAGUCUUGAUUUCCAGGUUGUUUUGCAGCUAUAACCUCAAAUUUGAACCUCGCCUUUUAAAUUUGAUAGCCAGUGCUAUAGCAAGUAUCUGUCAGAAGCACUAUCGAGUUCCUCUGUUUGUCUCAGGUGCUGUCGGAGUUGUGACAGUUAUACUUGCUUCACUGUGCUACUAGAAAAUACACCUAGGUGCAUUUCAGUUAAUCCUUCCAUCAAAAACCUGAACCGCAGCAAAGCCUCAGAGUAGGGCUUUAUCUUGGGUGGAGAUAAUACAUCACAAGAAACUCAAAAUGACAUGAUUUUAGGUGAUCCUACGAUCAAAAACCUGACUCUAAGUGAGGCUGUAGUCUGCAUCUAACAAGAAAGUACAUUUUAUGAGUCCAUUUAUGAUUUUUAGUUGAUUUUGCCAUUUAAAAAACCUUUUUAAAAAAAGUCUGGAGUUAUGUAUGUGACAGGAAAAUCCAUAUUUUGAGAUUUUCAGGUGAUCCUACAAUCAGAAAUCUCACUCUGAGCAAGGCAAGCAUUGUAUAGAAUUGGUAUAUUAUAAGAAAAUCUAUUUACAGGUGAUUUUAUUAUCGAAACAUGCCUCAGAUUGAGGCUAGAAUUAGCUGUUGCUAGCAUGUCAAAAGGAAGUACAUUCAUUUCCGGUUGAUUUUGCUAUUGAAAUGGACCCAGGACAAGGCUCCUCAAUGUUUUGGUUGAAGUUAGCAUAUAACACGAAGGUUAAAUAUGAGAUUUUCAGCUGAUUUUGCGCUUUACAAAAAACCCAGAAGAAAGGCUAGUAUUGACUCAAGCUAAUAUGGAAAAAGAAAAUGAUUUUUGAAAAGAUUUUCAGGUGAUCCUUCAAAUCAAACACCUCACUCUGAGCAAGACAAGUAUUGUACAGAAUUGGUAUAUUACAAGAAAAUCUCUUUUAAGUUAAUAAUACAAUCAAAACAUGCCUCAAAGCAGUUACAACAAAAUCCAAUUUCAGGUGAUUUUACUAUCGAAACACACCUCAGAGUGAGGCUAGUACUAGCUAUAGUUAGCAUUUCCAGGCAAUUUUGUGAUCCAGAACAAGGCUAGGUUUGCUUGAAGUUAGCAUAUCACAAGAAGCUAAGAUUUUAGGUGUUUCUUACCAUCCAUAAACUGACGAUAGUACUGUCUAGCGUUAGCAUUUCAGAGAUUUUCAGUCGAUCCUACCACCAAGUGAGGCUCUAAAAGGGACUAACACUGGAGUUAGCACAUUACCAGAAAAAUCCAUUUUCAGGUUACAGUACUAUUGAAAACAUGCCUUAGUUUUAGUUAGCAUGUCAGAAGAACGUUUAUUUAUGAAAUUUUCAGAUGUUUUGCUAAUGAAAAGCUGACUCAGGUUAUGGCUGGUGUUGUCCGGAAUUGUUAUAUUACAAGAAAAUCCUUCUUUCAGGCGAUCAUACUAUCAAAAAACACGAUUCGCCGUGAAGCCGAUUGUAAAUCAGAUCAAGCAUCUGACUGAAAGGAAAGCUUUUAUUGACUGACACGAGCAUAUUACCAUGCUAACAUUAAAGUGAACUGACAUUUCCAAAUGGAGCUUAGCAAACAUGCCUCAUGUACUUUAACCUUGCCAGAAUAGUUUAUGGCUCAACCAAAAUCUGCUCCAUUCUACAUCUAAUCCAGAUGUUGCUUUCAGAUGACUGGAGUUGAACGAGGUGAUAGUCAAACACCAGACUAGGAGCACUUCGCACAAAUGUUCAUAUUUCUGUCCUAGUGAUUUGGCUGCUCUUUAAAAAUAAAAAAUUGAGGUACUAUUCGAAUAGAACUUUCUAUCUAAACAGCUUGCCUGUCACACUGAGCCUUUUUUGUACCGCUUUUCACAUUUGAGCAAAUUACACACGUCAGCUGUUGAAAUUAGAUCAUGUUUGCAAUUACAAAAAAAUUUUUUAAAAAAUGCUGGAAUUAAAACACCUGGUUAUUCUCCAGAUGUUUCUGAUGCCAGGUCUAAAGAUUGUUGCUGUAUUAUAAAGGUGCUAAAUUGUAUGUUUACUGGCAAAAGUGCACUUUUUGUAUACGUGAAUAUAAAUAUUGCUUGUAUUAUGUAAAUACAUUUUUUUAUGUAGCAAAUAUUAUCAUUAAAAUCUGCAGCAAAGUGA